CGAAAAAAGAAGUCGUGCUUUAAUUGGCUCCUCAGCCGACCUCCACAAUAAAAGAGGCUCCUGUUUCUCUUUGGUGUCGAUCUCAGAUUCCCAUCGCAGAGGCGAUCUCCGCGCGCCUCUGAUCUCGGAGCCCCUGUCUCUCAUCGGCUACAGCCCAAAGGUUUUCUCCCCCGAUCAUUUCGCUCUGAUCGCCGCCACCUUGAAAAAUGUCCAACGCAGCGUCUGGAAUGGCGGUGAACGAUGACUGCAAGCUAAAGUUCUUGGAGUUGAAGGCCAAGAGAACUUACCGUUUCAUCAUCUUCAAGAUCGAUGAGAAGCAGAAGCAGGUUAUCGUCGAUAAGCUUGGUGAACCCACUUUGGCCUAUGAGGACUUCGCUGCCAGCCUUCCUACAGAUGAAUGCAGAUAUGCUAUAUAUGACUUUGAUUUCGUGACUGAGGAGAACUGCCAGAAAAGCAAGAUCUUCUUCAUUGCUUGGUCCCCUGACAUCGCUAGAGUCAGAAAUAAGAUGCUUUAUGCAAGCUCCAAGGAUAGAUUCAAGAGAGAACUGGAUGGAAUCCAGGUGGAGUUGCAAGCGACUGAUCCGACUGAGAUGGGCCUUGAUGUUAUCAGAAGCCGCGCCAAUUGAGAACAGAUUAUGUUGUUCUGCAGUGAAAGUAUUCUUCCUGCAGUCUGGAUGUUAUGCUAUGGUGAUUAUGUUUCAGGAAAUGUCAUGUUGGCCCGCGGUUCAGGUUUUUGAAAUUCAAUUCUGCAUUGUCCUUUUAUGAUGCAUCUUUCAUUUUGGUCAUAUCUUAUCUUUUGUUUCUUUGUGUUACCUGUUGGAUAAUUACUUAUAGCCUGAUGACUACAAACUAAUGGUAUGUGACUGCUUGUGGGUUAGCGAAUUGGACAUUACUUAUAUAACUUGUUCUAAAGACUUUGUAGCAGAUGAUUCAACUAGUUGUGUUGUUUUUAUGUUCAAUUUAUGAAAUUGAACUUUAUAGCUA